AUGGCAAAGGGAGUGAAGGCUAAAGAAGCAUCUGCGCCUAGCCCGGAGGUGCUGACCGUCCCCAUACUGGAGACCGUGAAGGCUGCACAGCUGCAGAAUGGCCUUCGCCAUCGCGACUUCCAGCGUUACCGCCAGUACUGCACGCGUCGUUUACGCCGCAUCCGCAAAUCAACGAAAUUUACGCAUGGCAAGGGCAAACAGUAUAUGAAUAAAAAGGUGGACAUCGAAACGGCUACUGAAAAUCGUUUGUUGUAUUUACCACUAUACAAUGCUGAGCGUGCCUGGGGAUACGCUAUGCAGCUUAAGGAAGAUGACAACUUGGACAAGUCAGAGAAUGGAGAAGAUGCCAAUUCUCGAAUAAAAUUUCACCUGAACGGGCGGCUUCGCAAAGCUGCAGAAUGGAGUCAGCGACUUGCUGAAAUUUGCGCGGUUCGUGCCGAUGUUCGCACGAGUCUCGAGGCAGAGGCCUACGCUGCCUAUAUGGCUGGCAACUUGGCCUUUCAUCGCGAGGAGCAUGUACUAGCGCUCGACAAGUUCAGCACGGUACACCGCAUCUACACCGACCUGUCGAAAGUGGGCACGUCUUCGCAGAAGGAUCUUUUCUCACGCUCUGCCGAUGAGCUGCAGCCCUUUAUUCGAUUCUGCGAGCACCGUCUCGCGCUUCGAGGACGCUUAGCCAACUCGACGGACACAUCGUCGCUGGAACUCCAGUCAAGCGGCGAUGGGGCUAACAACGCUCUUCUGGAAUCGAAGAUUGAUCUGGUUCUUCUAGAGGCACGCAAGCAAAAGGUGGCCAGCCUUGGAUUGGUGGAGUGGAAGCAACAACAGCUUACGGUGCCGACGCAAGAAAUUGGGCUAGCAAUUGUGCGCACAACAGAGCUUGCUGCCAAGUUAGACGCAGCGCUGGACGAUAAGAUGCGUGAAACGCGAUUUCUUGAUUUGCUUAGUGCAUACGAUGGCUUGCUGCAGGCGCUGAAAAGCGCAACGGCGAAGCUAGAACAGCAGGCAAAAAGUGGCAGUGCCCUGGUGCAUUCGGACUUGGAGCUUCUGGCUGCAUUAGAGGAGUAUGCACGAUUUAAUAAGCUAGUCAAACAGGUGGAACGUCAAGUUUUCGUGUAUCAAACAUUAAAAAGGAGAUUUUCGGCGCAGCAGGCAGGCGAACUGAUACACAUUCUGGACAUGUUGGUGCAGACUGUUGGCGAUAUUUUGUUGAUACCUGGAAUUCGGGAGCUGGAGCAGCGACGUGCGGCGCAGUACAGUUCCUAUCAAGCUGUCUUUCGUGCAUGCCGUGCUUCGACUGUCGCACAGACGUACCUGCAGGACAAGAAAUUUGCUGAGGCGAAAGCAUUGUAUCAGUAUGCUUUAGCUUUUUUAGCUGACGCUGAAGAGAUCUUGGCUGCUCAACCGGCAGCGAAAGAUGAUAUACUGCAACAGCUGACCAAGGAAAUGCACGUAGAGCUUUCUGGUGCUGUGAGCCGUACUACUGCGCAAAGUUUUCUUGAGUCUUCCACCCGUGCCGAUGUCCUGCGCCUUGAACUGGAACAGCUAGAGGUGACAGCCGGAGAGAAGGAAAAGAAAGUAAAGAGGCGCAAAACACGCCAAGUCCCUGUUCUAUUGGAUCGGCAGGAUAAGUUUGAAGCUGGCUCCAUUGACGGCAAUCGCGAGUUGGUAAAGCUACUUCCUGAGUUUCGUCCAGUGCCGUGCAAGCCGCUGCUAUUUGAUAUGGCGUAUAAUGAAAUGGAGUUUCCUGACCUGACGGACCGCACUAAAACUGACGCCGAGAAGGCCGCCAACGUGGCUGCGACAGAAAAAGAAGGCGGUGGCGGCUUGUUUGGCUGGUUUAGAAAGUAG